GCUUAAAUGUUUUAAAACAGAGCGUGUUGUCCAACUUUUCGAUCUUCCGCUUUAUUACAUCAGCUGAUGCAUCGAUUCUUUGCAAUCUACAUAAUUUCCACCCGUCCCUCUUAGCGGAGAAGAGUUUUAAGGACGAGGCUCUCAACUGCAGGCACCACUUUUGAAGUCGCGGCGAUAUUUCUCUUCCUUUCAAUGAAGCUUCUUCCCUUCCUCCCCCCCUCCCUUCUCCUUUCCCAAGAAUCCUUGGCUAAAUCGUUUGUAAUUUUUUAAAAAUCUCCCUUUCAGCCGCUUCGCUUUAGCACGCCUCCCUGUUUAUUUUCCAGCUUUGAGAGUGGUUGUCUUCCUGUUCCCCACCACCGCCACCCUUUUUAAUAUUUUGCACGGUGCCAAGCUUGGGAGUUUUCGCAUAUUCGCCUCCCCUUUUCUGCAGCCUCCCUCCCCAGCCCCAUCAGAGGAAAUAUUACAAUGUUGCAAGCUGACGUAAGGACAUUACAAGGAAAGGGCUACAUUUCGGAGUGUUUAUGAAAAGCUUCGGUACUGUACUGUCACCAGGGGGCAUGCAAUAGAAUGCAUUUCGUCCAACAUUUGGGAUAAUGAUCAUUUAGAAAGCACUACGACCAAAACAAAAAGAAAAGCAAGAAAACGAAAAAAAAAGAGCGAGCGAGCGAGCUUCCAGCGAGCUUUGGAACCGGCGCCAGGCAGAGGAGCCAUGCAGUCAAACUUUCGGGAAGCCUUGGUUAUUUUUUCUGACAUUGCAGCUCGCCCUUGAGGAUCGCUUACUGAAUUCUCCGGAUUUUGUUUUGCUUCUUUUUUCACCCCCCCCUCCCUCCCUCCACCUCUCCCGCCGUCUCCAGGCCCGGUUGAUUCGCUUUGCCCGUGGCGGCAAAGGAGGAGAGAAUCGAGCGAGCUCCCCAACAGCGAGGAAGCCGCAGCAAAACGCCCUGCCUGCCUGCCUCUCUCCGCUGGCUGGCUGGCUGGCUGGCUGACUCUCCCGCACGGCUCGCUUGCCUUGGGAUCCAGUGUUGUUUUGAAGGGAGCUAACAUGGCGACGGUGCCCGUCUAUUGCAUCUGUAGGCUGCCCUACGACGUAACCCGCUUCAUGAUCGAGUGCGACGCCUGCAAGGACUGGUUUCACGGCAGCUGUGUUGGUGUAGAGGAAGAUGAGGCACCAGAUAUUGAUAUUUACCACUGUCCAAAUUGUGAGAAAACCCAUGGAAAAUCUACUUUAAAAAAGAAAAGAAAUUGGCACAAACAUGACACUGGUCAAGCAACAGAAGUAAAGCCUGUCCAGAAUGGUAGUCAAGUGUUUAUCAAAGAACUUCGAAGUCGUACAUUCCCCAGUGCUGAAGAUGUGGUAAUAAAAGUGACUGGAAGCCAACUAACAGUUGAAUAUUUGGAAGAAAACGGAUUCACAGAGCCUAUUCUCAUUCCGAAGAAGGAUGGCUUGGGCUUAUCAGUACCUGCACCAACGUUUUAUGUUAGUGAUGUUGAAAACUAUGUUGGACCAGAAAGGAGUGUGGAUGUUACAGAUGUCACUAAACAGAAGGACUGCAAAAUGAAACUAAAAGAAUUCGUUGAUUAUUAUUAUAGCACAAAUCGAAAAAGAGUUCUGAAUGUAAUUAACUUGGAGUUUUCAGAUACAAGAAUGUCCAGUUUUGUAGAGUCUCCUGAAAUAGUGAAAAAGCUCUCAUGGGUGGAAAAUUAUUGGCCUGAUGAUGCUCUGCUGGCAAAACCAAAAGUGACCAAAUACUGUCUGAUUUGUGUGAAGGACAGCUACACAGAUUUCCAUAUUGACUCUGGUGGAGCCUCUGCCUGGUACCACAUCUUAAAAGGAGAAAAGAUAUUUUAUCUCAUCAAACCAACCUCUGCAAAUAUCUCCCUCUAUGAGCGUUGGCAGUCAGCAGCAAAUCACAGUGAGAUGUUUUUUGCUGAUCAAGUGGAUAAAUGUUACAAAUGCACAGUUAAACAAGGACAAACACUCUUCAUUCCAUCAGGAUGGAUUUAUGCAACUUUAACACCUGUUGAUUGCCUGGCCUUUGCAGGACAUUUUCUACAUAGUUUAAGUGUUGAGAUGCAGAUGAGAGCAUAUGAAGUUGAAAGACGAUUAAAAAUUGUCAGCUUAACCCAGUUUCCCAACUAUGAAACAGCAUGUUGGUAUACAGGAAGACAUCUGCUGGAAUCAUUUAAAGGAUUGCACAAAGCUGGAAAGCAGCCUCCUUCCCAUUUAGUCCAGGGAGCAAAAAUUCUAAAUGGUGCUUUCAGGUCUUGGACUAAAAAGCAGGCUUUAGUGGACCAUGAAGAUGAACUCCCAGAACAUUUUAAGCCAGCACAACUGAUUAAGGACCUUGCCAAAGAAAUAAGAUUAAGCGAAAAUGCUUUGAAAGUCAGCAAACCUGAAGUGAGUGUUAAUGUGAAUGUUGAGGAAAUCACUCCUGUGGAGAAAGAAGAAAUACCGUCACCUCCACCACAAACGCCUCCGCCACCUCCUCCGCCACCAUCGCCGCCUCCACCACCACCUUCUCCACCACCAACACCGGCUGAAAAAGUCCCUAAGAAAAAGACUCCCAAAGCAAUAAAAGCACCGAAACCCACCAAGCUAUCUAAACCUCCCAAGCCACCUAAACCUCCCAAGCCCCCCAAGCCCCCCAAGCCCCCCAAAACCCCAAAAGUAAAGGGGGAAGGGAAGAAAAAAGGCAAAAAGGUUAAAGAACCGCCUCCACCUGCCAUUCCAAAUUUAGACCUUCUUGAGGCCCACACAAAAGAGGCCCUAACAAAGAUUGAAACACCAAAGAAAGGAAAGGCUGCCAAGAAUGCUUUGAAUACCCCUGCUAAAGAAUCCGUUGAUAAGCAAAAUGAAGUGGAAAAGUUUGAGAUUCGGGAGCAGAAUAAAUCCAAAACGGAAGCAAAAUGGAAAUAUAAGAACAGUAAACCUGAUUCAUUACUGAAAAUGGAAGAGGAGCACAAACUGGAGAAGACACCAUUAUCAGGAAAUAAAGACAACAAAUUUAUGUUUUCUUUCUCCAACAAGAAAAUACUGGGAUCAAAGGGAAUGAAAACUCAGUUGAAUCCUGGUAUAUUUGGGUCACAACAAAAUUUCAAAGAAGAUAAAGCAAAACCUGUGAAAGAUGAAUAUGAAUAUGUCUCAGAUGAUGGAGAAUUGAAAAUAGACGAAUUUCCAAUUAGAAGGAAGAAAAACACCACAAAAAGAGAUUUAUCAUUUUUAUCAGAUAAAAAGGAAACCACACAGCACACUCCAGUGAAGAAGCCAAAAGUGGAAUCAGUAUUAUACAAGAGUGAUGACUCCUCUGAUGAAGAUUCUCUUCACAUUGACACAGAGGCCAAGCCAGGGCGCAAUUCUAAAGCGAAGAAAGAGGCUGCAAGUUCAGCUGGCAUUCUAGAUCUUUUGCAGGCAAGCAAGGAAGUUGGGGGUUUAGAGUACAACAGCAACAGUCAACCACCUGCAUCUCCCAGCACACAGGAAGCUAUCCAAGGAAUGUUAUCAAUGGCAAAUCUCCAGUCUUCAGACUCUUGCCUACAGCCUUCAUGGGGCACCAAUCAAGCUAAGAAUAAUGCCAUCUCUGCCACCAACUCCAAAAAAUCUGGAAGCAGCAAUAGCAAAAAUGCAGGCAAACGAUUGUUGAAAAAGACUGCAAAAAACAACAUUGAUAUUGAAGAUUAUGAUGAAGACCAGGAUCACUUAGAUGCUUGUUUUAAAGAUUCUGAUUAUGUUUAUCCCUCCCUUGAAUCAGAUGAAGAUAAUCCAGUGUUCAAAUCUCGAUCAAAAAAGAGGAAAAGUUCUGAUGACGCACCAUACAGCCCCACAGCAAGAGUUGGUCCAUCAGUACCACGGCAGGACAGACCAGUCCGAGAAGGUACAAGAGUUGCUUCUAUUGAGACUGGACUGGCAGCAGCUGCUGCCAAAUUAUCUCAGCAGGAGGAGCAAAAGGGCAAGAAGAAAAAGAAUACCAAAAAGAAACUAUCUCCCAACAAUGCCAAUAAAAUUCCUCAGGAAGGCAGCUCUCCUGAACCUCGGCUGGAGUGCCAUAGCAGUAGUUUAGCAGACCAUGAGUACACAGCUGGUGCCAGCACACUUGGGGUGGCCCAAAUGAACAGAGGCCCUCAGCCCAUGGCCCCGGGAGUUUUCCUUACACAGCGGAGAGCCUCAUCAUCAUCACAGAAUAAUGCAGCUGCCAAAGGGAAACGUACAAAAAAAGGCAUGGCUACAGCUAAACAAAGGCUUGGGAAGAUUUUGAAAAUUCAUCGGAAUGGGAAACUUCUCCUUUAAAAUCCGGUCAUAAUUGGGACUAUCAAAGCUCAGCAUGUCCUGAGCUGUCACGCUAGCUCUUCAACUCUUGAAGGACUCCAGUAGUAUUGUGCAACAUCUUAGGGACAAUACCAGUUAACUUUUUGCCACCACUUUAAUAAAUUCUUUUUAACUUUCGGCAGUUAAAACCUGUACAGAUACUGCUAUAAAUAUUUUUUAAUAUAGAUGUCCUUUCUCAAAUUGCUGAGAGUGACUAGUUCGCAAAAAGUUAAUACUCCAAGACACUGAGGAUCAUUCCAGUUUUAGGAAAGUAUCCCUUUAACUUGUUUAUAAGUAAGGAAAAAGCUGUUGUUUUUAAGAGUAUGCACAUUCAUUUCAAUUAUGCUUCUUUUAUCAAAGUUGAAUCAAUUUUAAGAGGUAUCUGGUUAAAAGGCAGAGUUUUUUUAAAAAAAGUUUCUCAAAUUGACUUGUAGACAAGGGAAAGAAAUUUAUGCCAUGAAUAAUUGAGAUACAAUACAUGCAUGAAACAAUAUGCAUAAAGAAUUAAUCUAGCUUUCUUUAUCUGGCUCAUGAUAAAUAUGUUUUAUUCAGAAGAGAGGUUAAAAUUGCACUUCAGUACUGCUAAAACUUUCCCUAUAACCAGACAUUGGAGAACUAUUGUUGACUUAAUUUAUUUUAUGUGCAAUGCAAGAUGAUUUUUUAAAAACAUUAUGGAUUACAAAUCCAACUUAAUUGGGUAAUGAUUUGGAUAUAGUAAUUAAUGAACUGGUGCAGUUCUUUGGACAUCAAAAGGGUUUUUUAAUUAGCUUUGGUUGGUGUUGGUUUGCAUCUCUUUUCAUUGAUAAUUUUUUAGCACUCCCACUGUUUCUUAUAUAUAUUGUUUUAACUUUGGUCCCAUGGUAUAUUGUCCACGCUCAAUGUCUUUCUUCUCAUAAUUGAAUAUCAAUGAGUGAUAGGAAUUAAAGAUCAGCAAACAGAUACAACCCUUCUCUCCCUGCUAAACUCUCACAAUUAUGUGUAAUUGAGUAAAACAUUACAAAUCAAUUGGUACCUCAAAGUUAAAGUCUGAGAACACUGACUCUUACUGUACUUAUAUAACAUGGUUUACAGCCUACAGAGGCUAAAGCAAAAUCAAAUCAAUUGUACUAUAUCUUAGUAUGUUGCGUGGGCCAUCAUUUUAAACUGUCAUUGUUUGCUUUGGCUUCUCAUGUUGUGUGAAUAGAGCCACCGUGUUUUUGUAAACCAUAGUUAAUGAAUUAAUGUGUUUACAUCCAGUCUGAAUUUGAUGAUUUAUUUAUCUUUCUCUCACCUGUUCUAGCUAAAAAUUUGUUUACAUGACCAUGGAAACUGGAAGUAUUUCUUCCCCCAUAUACAUAAAAAAUGUGUAUUUUUUAUUCAGCAUUGCUGUUUUGAAAUUAUAUCACCAUUAAUUUAAUUUCAUGGUAGGGUGGAAUCCACCAUUUAACUUGAUGAUAGCAUUGUAGCUUCUGCUUGGGUGCUCAUAAUGCACUGAUAACGUGACAUUGGAGAAUAUGUAGGAAAAGAGACGCCAGGUUGAUCCCAAGAUACUGCUGCCAAAACCUUUGUUCUGCAAAGUGACAAAGUGUCAGUUUUCUUGAUGCAACCUGAGUGGGUAUCAGCAGGGGUGAAAUCCAGCAGGUUCUGACAGGUUCUGGAGAACCGGUAGCGAAAAGUAUGAGCAGUUCGGAGAACUGGCAAAUACCACCUCUGGCUGGCCCCAGAGUGGGAUGGGAAUGGAGAUUUUGCAAUAUCCUUCCCCCAGGAAUGGGGAGGGAUUGGGGAUUUUGCAGUAUCCUUCUCCUGCCACGCCCACCAAGCCAUGCCCACAGAACUGGUAGUAAAAAAAUUUGGAUUUCACCACUGGGUAGCAGGCAUAUCACCAUCAUAAUCAUUAGACAGGGCUGUAAAGCACUGUGAAGCGGUAUAUAACUCUAAGUGCUGUUAGUAUCUUAUAAAAUGGCAUCCUUAGUCAAAUAUCUCUGUCCUUAUUUCUUUGAAGGGGCUUUUAAUCUCCCUCUAGCAAUUCACACUUAAGUUCAUGACUGAUGAUUUACCUCAUAAAUCACUUACGUUAUCUUGAGAUGAAACGGAUGAAGACAAUGGUUCCUUUUUCACCUCCAUUUCCCUGGAUCAUGGAUUAAUUCCUGGAUCAUAUAAACAAAUCAAGCAAAGAAGCUGUUGUCCUGGGACCCCAAGCACUUAUUUUCUGAUCUAUAACCAAACCCUUUUCCUUGAGCUGCAUAUCAGGAGAAAAAGUGCCCCAAACAAGAUUAUUUUUCCCCCAGAAAGGAAUACACACAAACUUUUUAAAGCUUAUGAAUCCAUUUAGUAAUAUAAUAGAUCAGCUGUUUAUAUAUAAACCACAGUUGCAAAUCCUGUAAUGAAGUAGCAAGAAUGUGCAGCCCUAUCAGAGGUAUUCUGACAUUCACAUCCAUCCAAGCACUUCCUUCAGAUAUGCUUGUCUGAAGGAACAAGGGCUGUGCUCACCUAAGGGUCAGGCCAGAUGAGAGCCAAGCUUAUGGACAGUUUAACUGGAUACUUAUUGCUUCUGAACUCUCUUAGUUUUUGGUGUAGAAUGCAUUAUAUUUUACAUUAAACUAGCUUGUCUGCAUAUAAACACUUAGAGCACAAUCCUAUGCAUGUUUACUCAGUUAUCAAACCUGUCAUGUUCCAUGGAACUUACUCUCAUGUGUAGAGUACUAUGUACAGGAUUGUAGCCUUAAGGCGUUGCAUUUGUUUCUCAGGCAAUUCCAGAUUUUCAUUUAUAGAUAUGUGUCUGAAAGCAUAUUUUUUCAUAGAAUCUAGCCUGUAAAUAGCUUUUUAAAGUACCUUCUUUUUUAUAAGAUCGAAGUAUCUUUAGACAUUUCUUUCUAUAGAAUAGUUCAUUAACCUUUAUACAAAUUUUUUGCUGAGUAUUUUGCCGAGUAUUUUAGGUUCUUGACUCUGAAAGAGAUACUCUGUUUUUGUCCUCGAUUUAAUUCCUUUUUCUCCCUUUUUUAAUUUUGGCAUUGCCUGAAAAACAAGUAAAACUUUGUGCAGCCUUAUACAGAAUCAAAUAAUAGUACAAAAUUAUCUAUUUAAGAUACAAUAUGAAGAAGAAUCUUCGACUUUAUAAUACCAGCUCCUUGUCUCAAUUCUUGUAUUAUGAGGGGAUACAAUUAUUUUAUUAGCACCUUGUGAAGUGUUUCUGUGUUUUGUGAUGAUGUAAUUUAUUAAUGUUUGUAGCUUUUUAUAUUUGUACAUUUCUUAUGAGCUUUGUUUAUAUACACAUUACCUGGAUGUGAUGUCCAUGAGGAAAAAAUAAAACAGCUAUAGAAAACAACUGAGGCCUUAUUAACUGACCUUUCUAGUUAUGGUGAGGGACUGGGUCUGAAUUCUUGGCGUCAAAAAUGUUAGUUGAAUAGGGCCCCAGAGUUAAGCAAGUUUUUUAAAGCUUCCCUAGUAUACUGUUAUUGUCAAGCAUUUAUAUAAUAUAACACAGACAUCAUGCUGGUUUUAUUAUUAUUAUUAUUAUGUUUAUGUUUAUGUUUAUGAUUAUUAUUUUCACAACAUGUACAUUUCUAACAAAGUUUAUUGUGGCUAUCUAUUACAGUGUUUUAUUUACCAAUUCAUAUCAAAUGCUCUUGUAUCAAGUCCAUGAAAUCUAAGUAAACUUAGAUCAAAAUUUUAAAAGUAAAAUAUUUCAGGUUUUGUAUAGAA